GAGAGAGGAGAGAGAGAUACAUACGGGCGUAUACAUAUAUUCGUUCCGCCAUCAACAGGCUCAACUCAGGAGCCGCUCAUUACAAACUUUGAGCCAAUCAACCUUCGUCUUCAGCUGGAUUUCCAAGAGUAGUUGGGAUGUGCUAAAAUAUUGUCUGUGAUAUCCUCCCUCUUUAAAGAAACAACAAGUGGAAUUGAGAUACAGUUUUUCACCCAAGUGUGAAGAUGGAAUGUGGACAACAUCCAGAUAAAGCAGACGUCUGCAACUCCAAAAUUGUCAACAACAAUGCCUCCUCUGAACAGAACAAUUCUUCAUCCUGUAUACCUAAUAUAGAUCCAACCUCGAACCCUGAAAAUAACCCUAAUGAGGCUCUCAAGAAUUUAAAGAAUGUCUUGGACAUAUAUCGACAAGAUGUUGUGAGAAGCAAAAGUAAUAAUGAGAUUGGAAUAGUGACUGAAGUUGCUGGUGAUUCAGAUUCUGAUAGUAGCAUUACAGAUGAUGAAGAUGAAGAAGAAGAUGAGGAUGAGUAUGAAAAUGAAAAAGAUGAUGAGGCUGCUUCUUCUGAGGAAAGUCAUGCAGAUAAUGGCCAAAAGUUGAAUGAGAGUGCUGCUAUGAAUGUUGAAAAUAAUGACGGCAAGCACAACCCACUUAAUCCCGGCCAACUUAGAGUGCUUUGGAUGAAUGGUUCUGAAACAACAGAAAGUGCGAAUGGCAUUACAGUUGUUGAUAGAGGAUUCUUACAUGGAGAUUACGUAGCUUCGGCUACUGAUCCAACCGGUCAAAUUGGUCUUGUGAUUGAUGUUAAUAUUAAUGUCGAUUUGCUAGCACAUGAUGGAUCUGUUAUAAAAGAUAUACCAUCUAGAGACUUGAGGCGAAUUAGAGAUUUCACUGUCGGUGAUCAUAUUGUCCUCGGGCCAUGGCUCGGAAGGAUUGAAGAUGUUUUUGAUAAUGUUACUGUUCAGCUUGAUGAUGGUUCUGUCUGCAAAGUGAUUAAAGCUGAUCCAUUGCACCUCAAACCAAUUACUAAGAAUAUCCUUGAAGAUGGACACUUUCCGUAUUAUCCAGGUCAGCGUGUGAAGGCAAGCUCUUCCUCAGUUUUCAAGAAUUCCAGGUGGCUUUCUGGAUUAUGGAAAGCCAAUAGAUUGGAAGGCACUGUGACCAAAGUCACUGUGGGAUCUGUGUUAAUUCACUGGAUUGCUUCUGCUGGGUAUGGGUCCGACUCUGCUAGUGCGCCAGCUGAAGAGCAGAGUCCCAAGAAUUUAAAGCUAUUGUCUUGUUUUGUACAUGCAAAUUGGCAAUUGGGGGAUUGGUGCUUACUCCCAUCCACAAAGGAUUCGUCUGAUACACCCUCGAACAAAGAAUUGCCUAAACUAGAUUUAAAUGAUUCUGCUAGGGACGAAUCUGAAUCAAUGGAAACAGGGGAUGAAUCUGAUGCAGACACGACAACUGUUGUGGAUUCAAAAGGGAAUCCUGAAUCAAUAGAUUAUGUUUCUGAGGCUUCAUUGGGCAAGAAUGUUGAAAAAUCAGAUGAUGCUGCCCCUGCGGAAAGUCCAUGCAAUGGUUCAGUUCCAUCUGCAAAGGAAGCUCAUGAAACUUGGCCCUUCCGCCAUAAAAGAAUCCGCAAAGUUGUGGUCAGGAAGGACAAAAAAGCCCGGAAGAAAUUAGAAUACUUUGAAAGACCUUUUUUAAUUAUCAAUGUCAGAACAAAAGUUGAUGUUGCAUGGCAAGAUGGCACACGAGAAAAUGGCAUUGAUUCUGCAUCUUUGAUUCCCAUUGACAGCCCCGGUGAUCAUGACUUUGUUGCAGAACAAUAUGUUGUGGAGAAAGCUAAUGACACUGAAGAUUCUCUUGACACCAGACGUGUUGGUGUUGUAAAAAAUGUAAAUGCUAAGGAUCGGACAGCUUGUGUGAGGUGGUUGAAGGCAGUUACCAGAGCAGAGGACCCCAGGGAAUUUGACAAAGAAGAGGUGGUGAGUGUAUAUGAAUUAGAGGGGCAUCCGGACUUUGAUUAUUGCUAUGGAGAUGUUGUCGUUAGAUUGUCACCUAUUUCUUUGCCUGCCAAGGUGGAGCCUUUUGUGCACUCUACUGAAAAUAUGCCACUAAACCAUUCAGAACCUAUACAUGAGAAGGAGAGGCAUCAUGAAAGGGAUAAUAUGCAAGAUGCACCCUCUUAUGAAGAAUCUAGUGAAUUUUCAGAUCUCUCUUGGGUUGGGAACAUCACAGGGUUGAAGGAUGGUGAUAUAGAAGUCACGUGGGCUGAUGGGAUGAUAUCGACUGUUGGUCCUCAAGCUAUAUAUGUUGUUGGUCGGGAUGAUGAUGAUUCUGUUGCAGAUGGAAGUUAUGCUAGUGAUGAUGCAGCAAGCUGGGAAACUGUUGAAGAUGACGCAGAAACCAUUGGUUAUGCUGAGAAGGAUGUUGAUGGUGGAAAUGAUGUCAAAGCCGAGAUGGAAGAUAAUGAUAUUGAUAUAAACAAUUCUGGAAAAAGUGGAGCUCUAUCAAUUCCUAUGGCAGCAAUUGGGUUUGUGACCAAAAUAGCCUCUGGAAUAUUCUCAAUGGGACGAAGGCACUUGGAUCCAUCAAGUGGAAGUAUCAGUGGUGAUGAUGAUCUUCAAUGUGUUGAGUCGUCACAGAGUUGUGAUCUUGGUGAUAAAUCCAGCACACAAAAGCCUAAUGGAAUUGAUAAUCAACUUUCUAAGCUAAAUAUUAACUCUAUGGAUGAACACAAGGUUUCGGGGGGCUCUGAUAUGUCAGAAAUUAUUGAAAUCCCUAGUAAUUUAAAAUCCCCAGAAUCAGAUGGCAAUUCACAGGAAGAGAUUAUUUCAUCAUUCAAAGGCUUUGACAUUGUUAGAGAUCCAUCUGACCAUUACUUUCUUGGGGCUGAGGGACAGAAUAAUGCAACCAGGAAGUGGCUUAAGAAAGUUCAAUGGGAUUGGGACAUUCUUCAGAAUAACCUCCCUGAGGACAUAUAUGUACGUGCCUAUGAAGAUAGAAUGGAUCUUUUAAGGGCUGUGAUAGUUGGAGCAUAUGGAACACCUUACCAAGAUGGGCUGUUCUUCUUUGAUUUUCAUCUUCCACCAGAGUAUCCAGAUGUUCCACCUUCAGCACACUAUCACUCUGGAGGCUGGCGCAUAAAUCCAAAUUUAUAUGAGGAAGGAAAAGUUUGCCUUAGUCUUUUAAAUACCUGGACUGGUAGAGGAAAUGAAGUUUGGGAUCCUUCGACCUCAAGCAUUCUUCAAGUACUAGUUUCACUGCAGGGACUAGUAUUGAAUUCCAAGCCUUACUUUAAUGAAGCUGGAUAUGAUAAACAAGUUGGGACAGCUGAAGGGGAGAAAAAUUCUUUGUCCUACAACGAGAAUUCAUUUAUAUUGAACUGUAAAACAAUGAUGUAUCUGAUGCGGAGGCCUCCAAAGGAUUUUGAAGAGCUGGUUGCCGAGCAUUUCAGAAAGCGCGGCCGUUACAUUCUCAAGGCAUGUGAUGCAUACAUGAAAGGCCAUCUUAUCGGCUCCCUCGCAAAGGAUGCUUCGGUCAUCAGUGAUACUAACAAUACCAACACAAAUUCAGUUGGUUUCAAGUUAAUGCUCGCCAAAAUUGUGCCAAAACUUUUCACAGCUUUAACCGAGGUUGGAGCUGAAUGCGGGGAAUUCAAACAUCUUAAUUCGAUACAGCUAUAGCAGCAAUCUUGAGGCUAUCCUAUCUAUGUGCAUCAUAGAAAUUCUUUAAAUUGCCACCUGUUGAUGCAAGCAAGCUAUCUUUCCAAGCCCUCAUUUGGUCAAUGGAAACCAGCAGAGAGUGAUGUGUUCCGUCGAUAGGGAUGGUACAGUCGACUGUUCAAUUGUAAAAUUUAAUGAAACUAACUAACAGAAGGGAAGGGAAGGGAAUGAAGGGAAUAAAGGAUGGGUUGUGAUAUUUAUGGUGGAAGUUGUUUCUGUAUUACACAUCCUUUUAUCGUCACAUUUACUCAUUUGGUUGUGUA